AUGAUUCCACCGGGGGACUGUCUGUAUGCUGGGAGGAAGAGGAGGAAGCCUAUUCAAAAACAGAAACCGGCCUCAUCCAGCCAAAAGUCCAACCCGUCCAAGCGGCACCGGGACCGCCUGAACGCGGAGCUGGACAGGUUGGCCAGCCUGCUGCCCUUCACCCCAGACAUCAUCACCAAACUGGACAAACUGUCUGUGCUGCGCCUGAGCGUCAGCUACCUACGUGUGAAGAGCUUCUUCCAAGCCAUUCAAGAAAAGCCCUGCAACAAGCACAGCAGUGAGGCCAGCAGUGCCAUGGCCAACCCCAGGAAGGAGGCCUUUCCAGCAGAGAGCAGCGUGGUGGAGAGUGACCUCCUUAUGGAGUCCCUCACUGGAUUUGCUUUGGUUGUGAGCUCUGAUGGCAUGAUAUUCUACGCCUCGUCAUCUAUUGUUGACUACUUGGGUUUCCAUCAGACGGACGUGAUGCACCAGAACGUCUUUGAUUAUAUCCAUGUGGACGAGCGGCAGGAGUUCAGAAGACAGCUCCACUGGGCCAUGAACCCUGCACAGCAGGAGCACCACGCAGCCUCAGGAACUGGAGAGGACUUUGUGGUGGGCAGCCUGUACAAUGCCCAGGAACCAGACGGUGUUCUUCCUGACCUCAUCCCGUUCUUCACACGCUGCUUCAUCUCCAGGCUACGCUGCCUGCUGGACAGCACCUCAGGGUUCCUGAGUUUGCAGUUCCAGGGCAGUCUGAAGUUCCUGCAGGGCCAGAAGAGGAAGACGGAGUCUGGGGCCCUCCUGCCCCCGCAGUUGGCCCUCUUCUGUGUGGCAGUGCCCCUGCUGCUGCCCUCCAUCACCGAGCUCAAGAUGAAGAGCAUGAUGGUGAAGAACAAGCACAAAGGAAACUGUGAGAAGAGGCACCGUGUGUCCAGAGGAGAGAGCAACGACCUGCUGCUGCUCAACUGGCCCAGCAGCUCUUCCAGCCACAGCCCGUGGCGGGCGCUCUCCAAAGAGUCCCUCAAGUACAAGAGCGAUGGCUACCUCUCGUCGCAGGAGGAGCCGCUCAACUUCUGCCUUUCCUCGCUGGGAGGCUCAAAGGCCCAGCACGUGGACCCUCCCUGGGACGUGUGCUCUGGUGCGGGGCUGCGCGUCGGCCCCGGCACCGGCUACCUCCCUGGGAAGCUCAGCAAGUGUGGCCACGCGGGCAGGUCCGGAGCCUUCUGCCUGUCCCCGAGCUUCUCCCACGGUGGUGGUCACAGGGGGGAGGUGUCCCACAGCAAGCUGUAUGAUAACCUUCAGGCGCCCAGCAUGGAGGGCUACUGUGUAGAUGGGGGCAAGGUGGAGGGCAGGUACAUGGCGCACGACGAGUGUUACAAUGGCAUGCUGGUCCCAGAGAUGGCCAUCAAGACGGAGCAGGACUCGGACUCAGAGAACGGCUGCCACACGUUUGGCGCUCCACACCACAGCAGCAUCUGGCCCACCAGCGAGCGGCGCUACGGAGUCGGAGUCACAUACCCAGAGGGCCCACAGGUGAAAAACGAGUCCAGCUUCUACGAGCACUACACCCCGUGCCAGCGCGGCAAGGCUGGCAUCAGCCCACCCCUCAACAGGCAUCACAAGUAUCUAUACGCCAGCAGCAGCAGUGGCAGUGGCAAGCCCCUGAAGUGCGUCCUGAACAAAGACGCCUUGGACCCGCUUAGCAGCAGUCAGGGUGCCAACUGCGUGGAUGGGCACAUGUAUCCCAAUGGCAUGGCGGAGCACAAAGCUUACAUGCAGCAGGACUAUAAGCUCUACGAGUUCAGAGGUCGCGGCCUGGUGCAUGCCAUCAAGCGUGAGCCAAUGGACUCCCCACCCUGGUCAGAGGGCAACCAUGACCUGAGCCAGAUACAGGCGCAGAGGAACAUCAUGGCAAACUGCACAAUGAAUACUAUUGUACACAAGUCAAAUCCCUACAUAUACCUGCAGUAA